AUGACCACAGCCCAAACUCCACGACUCAAUUUCCGACCGCCGUCGACGGCUUCUCCUACAAAUCCGGACACCUUCAAGUCUCCUCAUGUCUCCUUCCUACAGGGCACGUGGCAUGUCACCCACUCGACGCUUCCCAUGUGGAAGAACAACCGCAAUGUAACCAUCACCUACACGUCCUUGCCCCAGAAUGCCGAGCAGCUCGAUGACCUGGUCGAAUACCAGCCCCUGACCUCGGACAAGCACAAGCGAGUCGAAGGUGUCGAUACCCCGGACGCCAACACAAAAGGCGCAUACAACUGGCGCGGCAAGGGACUCUUGAAGGUCGCAUCGAGCCACUGGGAGAUACUGGGAUAUGGCGAAGAAGAGGGCGGCUGGGUCGUCACAUACUUCCAGAAGACCCUAUUUACACCUGCGGGCAUCGAUAUCUACGCUCGACGCAGGGGCGGCUUGUCUGAGGAAUUGCUCGAGCAGAUCAAGACCGGGAUAAGAGCCAUCGAGCACCACCACAUCCAGAAACUGGCCGAUCUCAUCUUUCUCAUCAAACAUAACUGGUGA